AUGACACCGCUCCGCUCUCACGAGCUGAGCGAGCUCAUUUCAACUCUUUUUGCUCAUUUUGUCAUUUCCGCUCGACUAUUUGUUGGUGGAAACACAAAAAAUCAACGAAACUUUUUUUUGGUCAGGAACGGAGUGAGACUCGUGCAGAGGAAGUUCGCGCAAGGUGUACCCAUCCCGGCGAGCAGCGUCAGCGUCGCGCCCACGCCGCCGGAACGCAAGCCGGACCCACCUUACCCACCCAAAAAUGUCUACCACAACAAUAUGUCCGCAAGGAACCUGCUUGACAUAGUUUCUAUGCAAAACAUACACAAGCACAAGCAAGAACCUCUAGUGGUUCUCGAGCGUCUCCGAGACGACGAGAUACCCUCCCCGCCCGUGCCCGGGCCCGGGCCGAACGGGCGGUGCGUCCGACCAAGGAUCCGCGUGCCCUUGAGACGCCGGAAGGUCAAGUGCAACAAAGGCAACAUGUGCCUGAGGUCAGAGAAACGAAAGUCCACCGAGGCUGGCAAGGGCCCCAUCAAGAAACGAAAGAAGCUGUCCUCGGAGUCCACGGACGACAUACCGCUCGUCUACUACUUCAAUAACAGGCCUGCCAAGCCACAUAAUGGACAACUUAGACAGAAGGACAUCACAGGUACGUCAGCAGCAGAAAAUUUUGACAUUCCAUAG